AUGCAGCCCAAUCAUGAUCCUGUCGAGCGCCACGGCCACGAUGCCUCGAUGACUCGGGAGACUGUCGAAGAGAUGAUCGCAGCUGCCCUUAGCCGAGCUGCACUCAACCCACGAACCGCCGUCCUUAACGAGAACGACCAGGGACAUUUUGACCAGUACCAGAAGAAGAUCGCGGUCCUCGAACACCAACGCGACGAAGCCCUCGAGAAGGUGAAGGCCCUCGAAAACGAACGCGACGGACCCCUCUCAAAGAUCGCAGUCCUCGAAAAGGAACGUGACGAAGCCCUCUCAAAGAUCACAGGCCUCGAAAAGGAACGCGACGAAGUCCUCAGCCAAGUCGAGGAUGCAGAAAUCGAUGCCCAGCAAGCCUGGGACUAUGCCAACAUGCGGAUCAAUCGCAAGCAGAAAAGAUUUGACAACAUACUGGCUAUCAAGGAAGCCAAGAUCGCUCGUCUCGAGUCUCAGCUGGCUAAUCUCCAUUCUCUGUCGAACAGUGAUGCGACUGUCGCCUCGACCACCGCUCGCCCCGAAGAUCGAACUGAGUUGGCAUCACAGGAGGACACGUUUCCCAGCAGCGAGACCUCAUCUGUAUUCAGCUUUUGA